UGUGUGUGUGUGUGUGUGUGUGUGUGUGUGUGUGAGAGAGAGAGAGAGAGAGAGAGAGAGAGAGAGAGAGAGAGAGAGAGAAAGAGAAAAAAAAAGAUAAUGCGAGAUGACAUAAUAAAAAUAACGUCAUGUUGAGUAGUUCCUUAUUAAUUGUAGAGUUUAUUUCAAGGAUUACUCAAGGAACAUGAUUCUUGUUUAAUACACACGCACGCGCACGCACGCACGCACACGCGCACACACACACCACACAACACACAUACAUACAUAUAUGUAUGUAUCGAGAAAGAAUAAUAUGUUAUUAUUUUGAUCAAAUAAUUCUAUCAUUGCGUGUUCGAAGAUCACUUGUUUUGCAUACUUGCACGCAAAUGAUAAUCCAUUAUAUAUGUUUCCUCGCGCGUUGAAAUUGUAUCAUCUCUCCAUUUACUUAUAGAUAGACAUGUAAUAUGUAUAACAAUGUAUGCAGUUUUUUAUGCAAAGCCAAUAAUAAAUCGUUAUUGCCAAUUAGACAGCUACUUUUAGGUCGACGACCCUUGCGUUUCUGCCGCGUGCAACGGAUUGUCAUUUUCCACGUCGACGCGAUUUGGCAAACAGUGGUAAAACCGCACCGUUUCCAUUUGCAGCGAGCAAUCGUCGCAAUUAGCCCCGUUAAACGCCCCUGGUUGGACGAACGGAAGGGCAGCAGCAGUAACAGCGGCGGCGAUCAAAUCCUGACCAAAGCAAGUCCAGGAUAGGCGAAGGGGCGGCAGCGGGGGUAAAAUUUCGCUCGAUACAAAUUCGAUAAAGCCACCGGCACGGCCCGCAGAACUCGCUCGUUAUCCGGAUCUAUGUAGCUGUCUAUUGGCUGCUAUGUCAGAAAACUUGCAGCCUUCCUGGCGUUACGCGACCACGUUCCCGAUACUUCGGGGAAGUUUAAUUUACCGGAUAGUGGCUGUAUCGCCGUCGUUGCGGCAAAUUCUUCCUCUGGAAGCGAAAGCUCGCGAGGAGAAUUUUUUGCCGCGUGUUCGCGCGGUUUGAAGCGUCGCUAUUAAUCUCGUAGGAGCACUACGCUACGCUCGAAAUUCGCGAGAGAUUAUAAAGAGAGGAAUGGUUUCAAUUUUAAUUUUGACAGUGCGUCGGGUGCAAUUCUUGAAAGGCGCAUUAAAAUAAUUAUUUCAAGAUGAGAAUUUUAAAAUAUUCGUCAAGCGUGGAGUAUCGUGUACGGAGAAGCGAUUCUUUUAAUGUCGCCACGGAUCGUCAAGGAUGAAGCUAACGCGACCGUGUCACGCGCGUACGAAUUGACAAAUUACACGCGUCGAUUGUGAUAUUGAUCGGUAACCUUCCUCCACGCGGGAAAUAUUUUGCGCUUGGUUGGACAACAAGCGGCGGCUAAAGAUUGCGUCUCGAAUUACGAAUUUCCAAAAUCGAUCAUCGCAAUCAAGGCCAUCGGUUGAACUGGUUACCACAUCACAGAGAUGCUCGCAGUGACCAUAAUCGCUUUUCGGUAAUGUCGCUUUGUCCGUCGUCGUCUCAUCAGCUUGUCGCAGCGGCGAUCGCUUUUCGACGUGCCCGCCGCAAAUUUCCGAAGGACUUCGGCCUCGAAAGCGCCGUCGAACGUGCAUCCGGAAGUACAAAGACGCAGGAAACCGCGACGAGCCGCGAAGGGCCCAUCAAUCAAACGAGAUCAACGAGCUCCGCGCUGGUGAGACGCGCGUGCAACUCGAGAUCCGAUCACGUUUGCCCGGCGAGCGUGCGGACGAGCCGCGACUACGACCGUUUCUGCGGCAGGGAGACCUCGGUCGGCUGCUGCAGUUGUUGCCGGGCAAGAAACGUCGGAGAGGACAAUUCGGAGCUGCGGGACGAGUGCAGCGGCGGAGAUGCGGUCGAUACCGUACCGAGCAAAGAAUACGGGGAGUUCUCGUCAUCGGGCGUCGAUCGCGAAAAUGGAUUUGCGAAGCCGGUCGACCGGGACAGAUGUGAUGAGGUAACGUCGAGGACGAUGGACGACGGCGAAGCUGUCAGAACGAUCCCGCAACCCGCGCAUCCAACGACCUAUCAUCAUUGUAAAGCGUGCUGCUCGUCGCUGAGGCCGCGAUCGAACGUGGAUCCUGCAAAUCCUUCGUACAGCUCCGCAUCUCACGAGAGGCACGACGGGAUCGCAUGCGGCGACUUCACGGGGGACAGAAUCAAGGAGUUCGCGUCGAUAAGUUGUCACGGGGCAUCCAUCGAUCUUGAGGGCGAUGCGGAGGAUCCCGGAGACGCUCGGGGCCGUGUCGAGGACGAGGCGUGGACGAGGGCGAACCGAAAAAUCGUGGAUUCGACCUGGCGAUGCCAAUGCGAGUGUCAUCCGUGCGAAGAUCCUAUUCCGAAUCUGUCGAGAUCGCCGUGCGAUCGUUGUCAUCACGGUGGAUGCUACCGCCGCCACGAUUGCGAUUGCUCCCAUCGGCAUUGCUGUUAUCACCAGCGCGACAGCUCGUUCGUAAAUGUCAAAGGAUGCGAGACGCGCGGGAGCGGCGAGAAAGCUCGGCACAAAAGCUGGCGCGAUCAGAUGCGAGGCGAGAAUGGUCGAUUGUACGCGCGGCAGUGUUACUCGAAAGAGUAUUCUGGAAUAAUACCUGCCUCUUGUGAGCGGAACGACGAGCAACGUAGGGAGAAGAAGGACGACGACGACGACGACGACGACAACGAAGACGAAGACGACGACGGCGGCGUGGCUGUUAUCAAUCACAAGGACUCUAUGUGCAUCCUCGCUGAAAAAUAUAAAGCCGGCAGGAAGUGGCGCGGCGGAAGGUGCGGGGAUAGGGAGCGAUCGGACGACAGGGCGGGGAAAAAGGACGAGUGUAACAAAUCGUUGACUUUGGAAAUCAUCGAUCAGCCGGAGUCGCCGCCUGAGAUUGUAAACGCGGUUUCGCACGAGGGAAAGCCGAGCGUGAAGCGCGUACCUUGUAGAGCGCAUUGCGAGAGCUGCGGGAUGGCGAAGACGUGUGCUCGUGGAUGUGGUCGACAUGGACCACCGCCGGAGGGUGAAUUCGACCGAUUGAGAUCCCCUUUGAACGAGGCGACCACCGCCGCCGCUACCACCCGCUGCUGUUUAAGUCGAGCGCCCUGCAAAAGUGUUUUCUAAUUCAAUUUUGUUCCGUAAACACGAUUACGGAUUUUUAUAUUGUCUAGUUAUUUUCAACGUCCAUCCAGCGAAUUUGGAAUUCGAUAAUCAAGAUGACAUACCUUUUGUAUGACAGCGCGCGAUUCCAUAAAAAUUGGCGUGCCAUAAAAAAGUCCGUGCCAUUGGAAUAAAAAGCUAAAGUUUACA